ACACAGGUCAGACAUGAAAGCAGCAUCACACAGUCACUCUCGCUAAAGACAGACGCUGACAUGUGCACACGAGACACAUGCACUCGGGGCUUAACUCGGGAUUAGCAGUAUUACGAGGCAGAGCACCAGGGUCAGCUGACAGGUGGAAGGUGGACUGGUUCUGCCCAACAGAACUGGGCUCAGCGGACACGAUUCUGUCAGUGCCAGGAGAGAUGAUGGAAUAUCUGUGACUUGAAGGGGUGGUUGGAGUCGGGAUGGGUCUCCCCAAUGUGCAAUUUGUGUCGCCGUACAAACAAAGAUGCAGUCGCCAGCAGCUGGAAAUGCAGAACGCAGAACACCUGAACGACGCUCUGGGCGCCAUCAGGGUUUUGGGUCUGGAGCAGAUAGAAGGCGAGCUGAAGCCACAUCUGAACACGGUGUUGACAACCAUCAUACAGAAAAACAGGGGCGCUCCUGAGCAGGUGGUGGUCAGCGGGAUCCUGCCCAUCCUGGCGCUGUCUUUGCGAGGCCGUGGGUCUCUCACGCUGCUUACAGCCAAGCUCGUGGCAGAACUAGCCAGAGAACCUUUGGUUCUCAAAGGUUUUACUGACUCCGGAUUGGUCCCAGCUUUGUUGUCGGUGCUGACCAGCAGUGACCAUGAGCUUCUUCUUCAUGCGACGCGAGCCAUCACGCGCAUGUCCUAUGACAACCGGAACUUGCAGGACCAUCUACUCAGACGAGGAGCGGUGCCCCGGCUAGUCGCCAUUCUGCUACGGUUCCCAGCCAAGGAGAACCUGGAGGAGAUUUGCUUGCAGGCACUCUGCAACCUGAGUGGGAUGGGUGUGACAGAGGAGGCGGGGAUCAUCUGGGAAAGAGGCCUGUCGGUCCGCCGGGGCGAAUGUGUGUUCCGCGGCGUCUCUCCUCAGACGUGCGGCUUCUUCUCCUCGGUCACUCUGGUCCAUGUCUCCCAGUGGGCCCCGGGUCAGUACUCGGUUAGCAUCGAAUCCAUCCAACGCUGCUCAUCGUCCUUCUGGCACAUUCAUAGAAACCAACAGGCUACACGUUGGUUCCCAGUGUUGGGUUGGGGGAGCUGUUACAACGCAGUCAAGUUCUCCUCAAAGAACGUUCCCAGAAAGUCCAGCCUGAAGAGCCGAGUGUUCCACACUCUUCUCUGACGUCACCCGAGAACAAAUCUGGUCCGGUGACGUAGAACAAAUGGUGUCUUCAAAUGGUCCAAGUGAAACCUGUGAUUUAGAUUUUUGUUGGAACUUCAAAGGCCACUUUUCCAGAUUUGAAGAUUUCCUCAUGCCUUUCAAAGAAUUUGAGUUUGAAUCGUAGACCAAAACAUGUUAAAGAUUCAACUUUUGAUCGCUGACUGCUCUAAUUUAGUCAUUUGAAAUGUAAUUCAUGCCAAACCAGACAUGUGCCUCUAGAGAGAAACAUGUCAAGGACUUACUGGCCACACCUUUAAACCAAAGGACCUUCUGUUAAUGUAAAGUAAAAGUUAGCACCUUGUGGCCAGUCUUGCUCGCAUGAACGCCAAACACAUCUAAAGGCUACAUACAGUGCGUCAGGGUGUGAGUCAAACCCUGCUCACCAUAUGACAAAAAUCACCUCCUACAAAGUCCCGGUAUGUUUGUUUGCCAUAUGAACAACAGUCGUACAACCUUAAAAGCUCACAUAUAUUAUCAGAUUAAGUCGAAGACAUUGGGUACCUCAGUCGUGUAUUGCGUUCUUGUGGAAAAACUUGUGUUUGCCAAAUAAAAAAUACAUUUUUAUAAACUACAAGGAGCAAAAGUGGCCUCGUUGUAAAGUAAAGGACAUUGUUAAACCGUCAGGUUAGCAACGCAAAACUAACUCCAGGCUUCUCCAUUUAUGAUUCAGUUUAUUCAUGGUUACAAUGGGUAGAUUUAAGUUGUAUUUCUUAUCAUUUAAAUGUAAAUAUAUGGGUACAUGCAGCAGCAGCUCACUUGAUGAUGAGCGACCCCUGCACCAGAUCAUAACACUGUUAUUUAUGGUGAUAUUAUGCAGCUCCCGCCCAGCGAACAAUCCGAUCCCACUGCCAUUAAAGUUUCAUCACGUCAAGUCCAGCAGCACAGACAUAGACGUCCAUUGGCAGCUACCAACACAGUGAAUAGUGAACAUGUCUUCCUCAAGUGCUUGACAGUAUUUAUUUGUGCCACUUGUACAAGU